GAAACUUCUUUCCUACAAAAUGGCGUGCCAAAAUAUUCAUUUUCAGGUCUCCGCUUUUCGAUAGCCGAUCCAUUCACGGCUUUUUAUUUUUCUUCUUUUUUUUGAAUUUUGAUUUUCUUAAUUCGUCCCCCAUUUUUUUUUUUUUCUGGUGGAUUUUUCGCAAACUGAUAAAGUUUGAAAACGACUGACGCGCAAGCACGCUUCUUUUAUAAAUUUAUUAUACAACUUCCUCGCAUUGCAUUCUUCAAAUCCCCAUUUUUGGAUUCGUCCCCAAAAAAUCAACCACUUUCCUCAUUUACUUGCCUAACUAUUUUUUCCCAAAUCAGGUAAUUUAUUAACAAUAUGUUGGUUCUUCAAUUUUUGUUCAUUUUUUAGUCACCUGGGUUCCUGUUGUUGCCUUUUUUUAUGCUGUCCUGAUGAUGUUGCUGUCGAAUGUUUUACUCUGAUGAGUAUGGUCAUUGUAUUAGUGUGAUCCGCCCUUUUUGAUGUUAAAGCUGAAAAGGAUGUGAUUUCCUUUUUCCCCCAUUUGAUGUUUUUGCCUCAUUGAGUAUGCAUGUGCGGAUGUGUGUUCUCGGUUUCAUUUCUUCAUCUGUCAUUUCUGAAUUGGCUGAUGAAGAACCUGAUCAUGUUUUUGAAAUUUGCAUUUUGUGCUCAGAUAUUUGAAUUUAAGCUUUAAGUUUUCAGCUUUAGCUAUAAAACCAGUCUGGGCUGGCUUUGUUUUUCUUGAAUAUAAUGAAGGUUUCAUACUUUCGAUCUACAUUUUAAACUAAAUUAUUGCUUUACUUGAAUCUGUUUAUGGGUUGGCACUGUUAGUUAUUUUUAGGAGGUUUACCCCUGAUGGAUUGGCUUUCAAAUUGCAGGUUAGUGAAGUAGUUCUAGAUUCUUGGUGAAUAAACUAUAUAUAUUUUUGGAAUUGGAAGAUGGCCUCCGUUGAAGCAGUUCAACUUUUGGAUGGGACUGCACCUCACUUCUUGGGGUCCAGUAUUUGCCUUCGAACGUUGGGGUCAGGGAAUUCUUUUAGAAAUAUGGAAAGAUACAGGAAGAGAAGGGGUUUUAAGUUUAUGAAAUCUUUCAAAUGUUUAAGCAGUCCAUGUAGGGGUGUUAGGGUUCAUAGUCAGUUUCCAGCUAUGAAAUGUAUUUCACACAGAUAUGUAACCACUGAUAAGUCAAGGUUGACGCAUUGUAAAUGCCAAUCAGCGGAUCAUUUUGGUGGCAUGACAGCUGAGGGUGGAAAUGGAGCAUGGCUUAGGGACGUAGGAAAGGAUUUCGCCAUAAGUAAUGGUAAUGUACAGAAUCUUGUAGAGUUUGGGACAGUUAAGGAGUCGAAUCGUGAAAGCCAAUCCUCCAAUUAUAAUGGCGACUCACAAUCUAAUGGAGCUCCUCAUGAUGUGUUGAGCAACAAUAAGCCAAGCUCCAUUGAGGACGAGGCUUGGGAAUUGUUGCGAGAAUCAAUGGUUUAUUAUUGUGAUAGUCCUGUCGGAACAAUUGCUGCUAAAGAUCCCACCAGUUCAAGUGUUCUAAACUACGACCAGGUCUUUAUUCGUGAUUUUAUACCUUCUGGAAUUGCUUUUCUGUUGAAGGGAGAGUAUGAUAUUGUCCGCAACUUUAUCCUUCAUACACUUCAACUGCAGAGCUGGGAAAAAACUAUGGACUGUCAUAGUCCUGGCCAAGGGCUGAUGCCUGCUAGUUUUAAGGUGCGCACAGUUCCUUUAGAUAAUGAUGAGACUGUAACUGAAGAAGUGCUGGAUCCAGAUUUUGGAGAAGCUGCAAUUGGUCGUGUUGCUCCUGUUGAUUCUGGAUUAUGGUGGAUUAUUCUAUUGCGUGCAUAUGGAAAAUGUUCUGGUGACCUCUCCGUACAAGAGCGGGUUGAUGUCCAAACUGGAAUCAAGAUGAUACUGAGACUAUGUCUUGCUGAUGGUUUUGAUAUGUUUCCAACUCUAUUGGUGACUGAUGGUUCUUGCAUGAUUGAUCGUCGUAUGGGGAUCCAUGGGCAUCCUUUAGAGAUUCAAUCGCUCUUUUAUUCAGCAUUACUUUGUGCCCGUGAGAUGCUUGCUCCAGAGGAUGGUUCAGCUGACCUUAUCCGUGCAUUAAACAAUCGUCUUGUCGCCCUAUCCUUCCAUAUUAGAGAAUAUUAUUGGAUUGAUAUGAAAAAACUCAAUGAAAUAUAUCGUUAUAAGACUGAAGAGUACUCAUAUGAUGCUGUUAACAAGUUCAACAUUUACCCAGAUCAGAUAUCACCUUGGCUUGUGGAAUGGAUGCCUAAUAAGGGAGGUUUCCUUAUUGGAAAUUUGCAGCCUGCUCACAUGGAUUUCCGGUUCUUUUCUUUGGGGAAUUUAUGGGCCAUUGUCAGCAAUCUUGCGACAAGUGACCAAUCACAUGCCAUCUUGGAUCUUAUUGAAGCCAAAUGGGCAGAUUUGGUGGGAGACAUGCCAUUCAAAAUAUGUUAUCCUGCUCUUGAGGGUCAGGAGUGGCAGAUCAUCACAGGAUGUGAUCCUAAGAACACACCUUGGUCCUACCACAAUGGAGGUUCUUGGCCAACUUUACUCUGGCAGCUGACUGUUGCGUGCAUAAAAAUGAAUAGACUGGAUAUUGCUGCAAAAGCUGUUGAGGUAGCAGAGAAGCGCCUGUCACAGGAUAAGUGGCCUGAAUAUUACGAUACCAAAAGAGGGAGGUUCAUUGGCAAACAGUCCCGGCUAUUCCAGACCUGGACUAUUGCAGGAUAUCUGGUAUCAAAGUUCCUCCUUGCGAACCCCAGUGCAGCAAAGAUGCUCAUAACUGAAGAGGACUCUGAGCUUACAAAUGCGUUUUCUUGUGCAAUCAGCUCAAGCCCAAGGCGAAAGCGCGGGCCAAAACCUGCCCAGAAAAGCUACAUAGUAUGAGGUUUGGUGGUGGCUUAUUAUCAGUAAAUAACGUCCGCAUUCCUUAAAACUUGUACAUAUGGAAUUUUACAUGUAUUGAUUGCUGGACUGAAAACACGGCUUCAUCCAUGAUUAUUUAACAAUGGAUGGUCCAGCUGUAUUAUAGUUGUUUCAAUUCUUUUCAGUCAAGGCUGACAUUGGAUUAUGUAUCGGCUGAUAUGAUCAAAGUUAGUCAGAAAAUAUACUACAUGGACAAGACUCUUCUUAUGACAUGGAGAAGGUGACAUUAGUAGCUGUCUGUUGUUGUCAAGUUGUAUAUGUGCAAACUUGAUGAAUAAGUGAUCGAGAAGAUUAUUGUGAAGAGACUUCGCCACUGUUUACAUGAGAAAUGGAAAACAGUAGCGAAGUCUUGUUACUGUAAACUUCUUUCCGGGUUUGAAAAUUUCUUCUAAUCUUUUUAAAUACUAAUGUUCCCUUGUUCCAGGGAAAAAGCUACUCUGUUAUACUGUUUUAGUUGAACAAAGUAAAUUCCAUUUCUUUGGGGACAGAAGGCGUAUUUCUGUCCUUGUGCUUUCUUUCUUUUUCGAAAGAAGUUGAAAGGGGAACGCAAGCAGAAAAUGGACGCUUCUGUAAAGCGUGUUCCAAAUGGCAGCAGUAGUAGAAGACUAGAAGUUGGUUUUUGCUACCGCUUGCGGACCAAAACCCGAAAGGAAAACUUCAAACUUCAAAGAAGAGGC